GCGGCCCACGAAAGCAAAAGGAAACCUGGGCGAAACGCAAAAGGGAGAUUUAGGGAGCAAAGCAAAAGAAAGAAUCAGAGGUGGAGUGAUCAGAUUUCACAAGAAAAGGGGAGCAGCCCCAAUAAAAUAUACUAAAUAUACUAAAUAUUCUCACCCUUUUGGUAUGGGUUCGCCAACGCAUCGACUAUCAGCUGUUAGGUGGUUGCGCGUAAGCAAAACAGGAAACAACACUGCACCAAAAUCAAAAUAAUCGAAAUUAGAAAAACUCCAAACAAAACAAAAGUGGCCUCUAGGGUUCCAUAUCAAGCAACAUCACAAUUCUCGUCUUCUUCUGUUCUUGUUCAAAAGCUCUGCACCACUGUGCAAGAUCUGGCUCGCAUUAUCGCAAGUGGAGUGAUCGAGGUUUCGGAAACUCGGUUGCAUUGUGGAAUCGGUCUUCGGUAUGAAGCUAUCGAAGAGUUCGAAGAAGGUUUCUUGGGCUCCCGAUGCUAAUCUGUGUCAGGCAAAACUGUUUCGAUCAAAGGAUUGUCCUUCACAAGUUUGCUUGAAAGCUCGUGAUGGUCUUCUAGCAAAGAAAUCAUGGAUAUUGCAUUCUGAUGGCCGGGACACCAAUGGCCUCCCUCAUGGAUUCAAAGACACUCGUGUGAACCAAUCGAAGAAGAAAGUUUCGCACAUCCCUAAGAUCAAAUGGAAAUGCCCACCCAAGUUUGUCUUGAGUUCCAAUUGGCUCGUUGCAUCUGGUGAAGAAAGCCAAGAGGCAGAGGCUCAAAAGCUGAGAGAAAAUCAUGUAGUUGAAGCAGUUUAUCCUCGCAUAUCUGCUAUACCUCUUAGCCCCUCUAUUUCAUUGGACAUAGAAGAAUGCCAUCAGGAUGAUUGUGACAUCCCUCUUGUCCCCAUCACAUCCAUGGAAGAUGAAGGAACAGUGGAUACAUUGUUUGAUUUGGCAGCACCAAUCAACUCUUCCAUGAUUUCAAAGCCACCAGCCUUGUCCCAAGAUUUAUUGGCAUCUGGAAACACCUCCCAGUGCAACAGGCCUGUUCUAGAGCCACCUGCCAUUGAAAAAACUGCACUUGGCUUGUCACCGGAUGUAGAAGCUGAUAUAAUUGCUGCAGCUACUGCUGCCAUUACCAUGGUCAUGAGAUGCAAGGAGCAGGGAAGCUUGAUUGACACAGAUUUGCUCAUUAAAAUCCUUACCAACCCAAAAAUGACUGAGAAAUUGAUUAAUGAUUGUCGAGAACCUGGAGGUACCAGUACUAUACCCUUUUCUGAGUCAAAACCGGUAACUCAGUUGGUUACCGUAUCCUGUUCAGAACCUGCUAUGGUAUUGGAGCCAAGGCCAGCCAAUGAAAAUAUGUGUUAUCAACCAAAGAGGGUGCGGCCUGCUCUAGAUUCAAGGUCUCCCCAAGAAGAUACUUUUCCAGUCUCUAGGUCAAAGCAAGUUGCUCAUCGAGUUCCCUUACCUCACACAAAUGGGAAUAUGUGUUCUCUACCAGGCGACAAGAGACCUGCUCUAAAUUCAAGCCCUCUCCAGCCAGAUAACUUUCCAAUCUCGUGUUCAAAGCCUGUCACCCUUCCAAAGCCAGAAAGUGGAAACAUUUAUCCUCUGCCCAAUGGGAUGCUACCAGACUCAAAUUCAAGGCUUUCCAUACCCAAUACUGUUACAGUUUCUUUGUCCCCAGCUCCCUUACCCAGCAAAGGACCUAAUAUGGUUUUGUUGUCUCAGCCAGCAAAAGUUAACUUAUGUUCCAUUCCAAAUGAUGUGCAACCUGCCAUAAAUUUGAGACCUCCCCAAGCAGAUGCUGUCCAAUUCUCUAGGUCAAAGCCAGCAAAUGGAAACAUGUAUUCUCUUGUAGAUGAGGUGCUAGCUGCUGCCUCAAAUUCCAGGCCUCCCCAGCUAGAUACUGUUCCCGUCUCUAGUUCAAAGCCUGUCAGUCUUUCGGUUCCCGUUUUACCCAGCAUAGAAGUUGAUAUGGUUGCCACACAGAAGGCAGCAAAUGAAAACUUCUACCCUUUAUGGAGUGGGUCGGGAUCUACUGUAAGCACAAGGUAUUCUCGAGAGCCUAUGGUUCCAUUAUCUGGGUUUAAUCCUGCACCUCUCUUGGUUCGCUCUUCUGUCCUAGAGCCUAGGGUUUUGUCACCAAGACCAACAAAUGGAAACUUGCACAACAUACUGAAAGGAGUACAACCAACUUUAAACACAACACCAACUUUACCAGACAUCUUGCCAACAUCCUCUUUCAAAGCUAUAAAAUCUCAUGUGAAGGACGUCAACUACUAUAAGAGCCUCGUUAAGCAACACGGAGGAGAAAAGCAAGGAACUCAGGAUCAAAUCAUCCCACAGUAUGCUAACCAUGAAAAUUACCUUCAAGGCAUGGAACUGAUACAGAACUUCAAACCAACAGAAUUGAAACCGAAGUCUCAGAAGUCUUGCAUCUUCUAUAACAGCCCAACAGGAUGUCGAAAUGGAACCAAUUGCCCUUACCAGCAUGACACGUUCUCUCAAUUGCGUUGUGGCAGCAUGCUGGAAGAUAAAAGGGCAAAGAGAAUGAAACUAGAUGGGAAAAUUACAGGCAGAAAAUAAUCGAGGCGGUAACUGGUGGUAUGGUUUUUCAACUUAUGUAGGUUCAUAUUUCCAUAAUCCCCCACAUAAAACUACACGGUUGCACUUCAUCAUAAUCACAAGUGCACCACCCACUCGUUACCUUAUCUUCCCAUUCAUAGUGCAUAGAACACCUCCUUGAGAGGUUAAAAUAAAAUGUCUAAGAGGAACUUUUACUGACAGUCUUACAUUUACUUUCUAAGACUUGAAAAUCCUAGUUUAGAAAUUUUCACACUUUUUUUAAUCAUAUGAUGCUGAUCAUUUCGUGUGCA